AUGGAAAAAGGAAAUUGCUCCUCAUUGACUGAAUUCAUUUUAGUUGGAAUUACUAAUAACCCUAGGAUGAAAGAAACACUAUUUAACAUGUUUCUACUUAUUUAUGUAAUUAAUCUCCUGGGAAAUCUUGGCAUGAUCAUCUUAACCAGAAUGGACUCCCAGCUUCAUACACCAAUGUACUUUUUCCUCAGCAACCUCUCUCUCUGUGACCUCUGCUACUCCACAGCACUUGGACCCAAGAUGCUGGUGGACAUAUUUAGCAAGAACAAGUCAAUCCCUUUUAUCAGUUGUGCUCUCCAGUUCUUCAUUGCCUGCACCUUUGUAGACUCGGAGUGCAUGCUGCUGGUGGUGAUGGCCUUUGACCGGUACAAGGCCAUCGGCAGUCCCCUGCUGUACAUGGCCCACAUGUCCAGCAGGCUGUGCUCCCUGCUGGUGGCUGCGGUUUACCUGGUGGGGCUGACAGACGCUCUGAUCCACACCACACUGACAUUCUGCCUGUGUUUCUUUGGGUCUAAUGAGAUCGAUCAUUUCUUCUGUGAUAUCCCACCCAUCUUAUUACUGUCUUGCUCAGAGACACAGAUAAAUGAACUAGCCAUAUUCACCAUUUUUGGGUUCACUGAACUGAGCACCAUCUCAGGAGUCCUCGUCUCCUAUUGUUACAUCAUCUUAUCCGUCUUAAAGAUCCACUCUGCUGAGGGGAGUUUCAAAGCUUUCUCCACAUGCACCUCCCAUUUAACUGCUGUCGCAAUUUUCCAGGGAACCGUGCUCUUCAUGUACUUCCGGCCCAGUUCUUCCUACUCCCUAGACCAGGACAAAAUGACCUCACUGUUUUACACCCUGGUGAUUCCCAUGCUGAACCCUCUGAUCUACAGUUUAAGGAAUAAGGAUGUAAAAGCAGCUAUUGAAAAGCUGAAAAGAUGGUUAUAA